AUGGUGCCAAUGCUGCAUGCCCGCGUCCGCCGCGCCCACCACCAGGCGGCCCUGGCGGGCGCCCAAGCGCUGAUCGCCGCACCGCUGCAGCCGGUGGAGGUCCCGCGCCCGGCCGACUUGCAGCGGCAGCAGCGGCAGCAGGCGCGGCGCGCGGCGCCCCGCGGCGACCGCGGCGCCGCUCAGCAGCAGCAGCAGCUGCCGGGGCGUGGCCACCAGCAGCAGCAGCAGCAACAGCAGCAGCAGCAGCCCUGGCAGCAGCGCCACGGCCAGCCGCGCCACGGCCACCACCCGCCACAGCAGCAGGCGCUGCGCGCGGCGCUCAGCGCGCUCGCCGACCCGUCGCGCCCCGUGGCGCUGCCCCCGGCGGAGCUGCUGCUCAGCUGCCCCGCCAACAACUGGGAGCUGGACAAGCUGUUCUCGACGCUGGGGCGCAGCAAGGCGACCUGGAGGCGCGCGCUGAUGCUGUUUGAGUGGCUCAAGGAGGCGGGGCACGAGAUGGAUGACCGGCUGUGCACCACGCUGAUCCGCGUGUGCGCCGACCACGGCCAGGCAGCCACCGCCCUGGGCGUGUACGACUGGAUGCGCGCCCCCGCCUCGGCCGGCGGCGGCCGCCUGGCGCCCACCGUCUUCACGUACACGGCCGCCAUGCGCGCCGCGCUCGCGGCUGGCCUGCUGGACCGCGCGGCGGCGGUCUGGGAGGACGCGCGCACGGCGGGCUGCCCGCCCGACUGCAGGCUGGCGACGACCUACCUCGAGGUUUGCACCAAGCGCGGCGCCGUGGACAAGGCGCUCGCGAUGUACGAGACGAUGCGCGCCGCGCCGCCGGGCAGCCCGCUGGCGCCGUCGGUUCAUGCGUACACCGCGGCCAUGCGCGCCGCCGCCGAGGGCGGCCGCUGGGCGCGCGCGCUCGAGGUUUGGGACGAGAUGGCGGCCGCCGGCGUCAAGCCGACCGCGCACGCCUACGCGGCGGGCAUCAGCGCGUGCGCGGCGGGCGGCGAGUGGCGGCGCGCGGUCGAGCUCUUCGAGCGGAUGCGCUCGGCGCGGGCGGCCAGUGGCAGCGCGCCGAGGCGGUCGUGUCGUGGAUGCUGUCCCACGGCAUCGCGCCCAACGUGCGGACGUAUACGGCGCUGCUGA